GCCGCAAUACACUAGCUAGGAUACAUGCCAUUAAUAAACAGACAUGCAUAUCGUAUAUGACCGGGUAAGGGAUAACAGGAGAUAAUGCGAUGAACACGAAGCAAACAACGAUGCGUCAUUAAAACAUUUUUUUAAUAUUGAGUAUUAAGAACCGGUUCUUUGAAACAAACUGUCCAAAUGAACCGAUUCGAGGAAAUGAAUCGGCUGCGACACAUCGGGUUUACCUGUUGCUUAGCAACUCAGGUUUCCUCUGCGUGAAAAUUCCUCCCUCAUCACAUUUCUACAUGUAAAUAUCUAACAUCCACAAUGCUGGACGCUGCUUUAAGUUCAUACGGAGCACAGGUCGUGCUGGCUACAUCGAGCGAUGAGAAUCACCCACCGGAGAACAUCAUCGACGGAAAAACAGAGACUUUCUGGAUUUCAACUGGCAUGUUUCCACAAGAGUUUAUUAUCCGCUUCCCGGACAACAUGAAGAUUUUCACCGUCUCUAUUCACAGUUACAACAUUAAAAGGCUGAGAAUAGAAAAAGGCACAUCAGACGAUGCUGAGAAAUUUGAAGCGGUUGCAGACACCGAGUUUGAGCACACAGAGAGCAGCCUACAGGCUAAUGAUAUUUCUGUAAAUGUAUUAAAUACAACACACCUACGGUUUCUCAUACUGUCUGGAUAUGAUCACUUUGUCUCUGUUCACAAAGUUAGUGUACAAUCAUGAGAUGAUCUCCAUCUGCCAUGCCUUUUUUAUAAACUCACAUGAUGAGUAACCAAAGUAGAUCAUGGUUUCGUUUUCUUAAAUAAACGUUCUCCUAAUUUCUAUUGUUUAAUAUGUAAGUCUCAUCCACUGUUGAUGACUAAAAUAUAUUCAAAGUUAAUUAAAUAAAGCUGAAAUAAAACAGUAAUAUUACACAGA